CAGCGGGCGGGCGGCUCGCACCAAGAUGGCGGCGCCGCUGGACGAGUAUGAGAAAGAAGCGGGCUGCGUCCCCAUCCUGCAUCCCGAGGAAAUAAAGCCUCAAAGCCAUUACAACCAUGGAUACAGUGAAUCUCUUGGACGAAAAAGCCACAUUGAUGAUUACAGCACUUGGGACAUUGUCAAAGCCACACAGUAUGGAAUAUAUGAACGAUGUAGAGAGUUGGUGGAAGCAGGUUAUGAUGUGCGACAACCAGAUAAAGAAAAUGUGACACUUCUCCACUGGGCUGCAAUCAACAACAGGAUAGAUCUGGUGAAAUACUAUAUAUCAAAAGGUGCAAUCGUCGAUCAGCUUGGAGGAGAUUUAAAUUCUACCCCACUCCACUGGGCAACAAGGCAGGGUCACUUAUCCAUGGUUGUACAGCUGAUGAAAUAUGGGGCAGAUCCGUCGCUAAUAGAUGGAGAAGGAUGUAGCUGUAUUCAUUUGGCUGCCCAGUUUGGACAUACUUCAAUUGUUGCUUACCUGAUAGCAAAGGGACAGGAUGUAGAUAUGAUGGAUCAAAAUGGAAUGACACCUCUAAUGUGGGCAGCUUACAGAACACAUAGUGUGGAUCCAACCCGAUUACUACUUACGUUUAAUGUUUCUGUUAAUCUUGGAGACAAGUAUCACAAGAACACAGCGUUGCACUGGGCUGUUCUAGCAGGAAAUACUACAGUUAUUAGUCUUCUGUUAGAAGCUGGAGCUAAUGUUGAUGCUCAGAAUAUAAAGGGAGAAUCACCACUUGAUCUAGCAAAACAGAGGAAAAACGUUUGGAUGAUCAAUCACCUACAGGAAGCAAGGCAGGCUAAGGGAUAUGACAGUCCAUCCUUUCUGAGGAAACUUAAAGCUGAUAAGGAAUUCCGUCAGAAGGUGAUGCUGGGGACUCCUUUCCUAGUUAUUUGGCUUGUUGGGUUCAUAGCAGACCUAGACAUUGAUUCUUGGCUCAUUAAAGGGCUGAUGUACGGUGGUGUUUGGGCUAUGGUGCAGUUUCUUUCAAAGUCAUUCUUUGAUCACUCCAUGCACAGUGCAUUGCCUCUUGGAAUAUACUUGGCAACAAAAUUCUGGAUGUAUGUGACGUGGUUCUUCUGGUUUUGGAAUGAUCUCAAUUUUUUUUUCAUCCAUCUUCCAUUCCUUGCUAAUAGCGUUGCACUUUUCUACAAUUUUGGAAAAUCCUGGAAAUCUGAUCCAGGAAUCAUCAAAGCCACAGAAGAACAAAAGAAAAAGACAAUAGUAGAACUUGCAGAGACAGGAAGUCUGGACCUUAGUAUAUUCUGCAGUACCUGCUUGAUACGGAAGCCAGUGAGGUCUAAACACUGUGGUGUAUGCAAUCGAUGUAUAGCAAAGUUUGAUCACCACUGCCCAUGGGUGGGCAAUUGUGUAGGAGCAGGGAAUCAUCGCUAUUUUAUGGGAUACUUGUUCUUCCUGCUGUUUAUGAUCUGCUGGAUGAUUUAUGGAUGCAUCUCUUACUGGGGUUUCCACUGUGAGACAAGUUAUGCAAAGGAUGGAUUUUGGACCUAUAUUACACAGAUCGCUACCUGUUCUCCUUGGAUGUUUUGGAUGUUUCUAAACAGUGUUUUUCACUUCAUGUGGGUGGCUGUGUUACUCAUGUGUCAGAUGUAUCAGAUAUCUUGCUUAGGAAUCACUACAAAUGAAAGAAUGAAUGCAAGACGAUACAAGCACUUUAAAGUUACAACCACAUCUAUUGAAAGCCCAUUCAACCAUGGUUGUAUAAGGAACAUUAUAGACUUCUUUGAAUUCAGAUGCUGUGGUCUUUUUCGGCCUGUUAUCGUGGACUGGACGAGGCAGUAUACGAUUGAAUACGACCAAACGUCAGGAUCAGGCUACCAGCUGGUGUAGCACCACCUUCAUCCUGUGAGCAUAUCAUAUCUGAGUGGUGCCUGAAAUUUUUCUUUCUCUCUCUCUCGAAACCACAUCCCUUGAAGAGUAGCAUGCUAUGUGUAGGGCUGGUGAUGAAUCUUAAGGUACCUUCUCUUCAUCAGAAUUUUAUUAACAAAAGUAAAAAUGGACAGAAUAAACUGCCAAACCUGAUAAGGAAGAGGAGGAAGAUCAAAAAGGGAUUUUAACAGUUCUUAACAUGAGAAUUAUUCGCAACAGCAUAUUCACAGUAUUUGUUGCUGGUUUUUUUAUUUAAGAUCUUUCACAGUGGAGCAUGACAUUAUUGAAGUAUUGACAUAAGUAGUUAUGUUGUGCUGAGCAGAAAAAUUCAUUUCCCAAUAUGAAUAAUUCCACUGAAAUGAGAAUCUAGAAUAUAAAGCUAAAUUUCAUGGCGCAAAGUUCACUGAUUGCUUUGGCGUAGUUCCUGUAAUGUGACUUUUUUUUUUUUGUUUUUAAUUACAGAUUUUCUGUAGUAUUAUGUACAUUGAAAAAUGUGCUUUUCAAUACUGUGAUAAACAUCACGUGGCGGGGAUCCCCUGUAAUGUUCAGUUAUAGCAGUAAUGCACAUCUGGUAAUGCUAAGAAAAAAAUACAUUGCCCACAUUUUUUGGUGAUUAUUAUUGUCACCGUUUACUGGUACAACUAAAUACUUGUGGAAGCCCUGUUCUGAGAUUGUAUAGUCUGAAAUAAAAGAUUGCACAAAUAAGGAAAGCUCUUCUGUCAAAGUUGAACCCGUGCUUAAAUGCAUGAUGCACCUGCAGAAGUAGGUUACACUAUAUAAUGUUCAAGAAACAAAAAAGUAGAAAAUCAUUAUCUUUGAAGUAAAUGGAUAAACGUUUCACAAACUAGCAGUGCUUCAGUACUGGCUUUGGUCCCCAGACAGCACAAUGUAAUGUGGCUGCAAAUGUGUUCGAAGAGUAGUUGCAUGGGGGAAACCAAAGAUGUGAAAACAAAAAUCUCAGUUAUAAAAAUAUAAAGUAAAAUAGUUUCAAAUCAGCUGCAAAUGCAGAAGAAGCCACAGUCAUCUGAAAUGAUUCUUUUGUACGGGCGUAAAAUAAUGGAAACCAAACUUUAAAAAGAAAAAAAAACAAAAACAAAAACAACAAAAAAAAGCAUA